AGGUGACAUCAGUGAUAUUUCUCUACAAUGCAGUCAACAGCAGCCUGCUUUAAAGGAACUAAAAGAGAGAGAUUUUAAAUUGGCGAGCUGAGUUUAGUAUUUUCAUCCAAGCAAUAACAUCAGCCAGAAAAAGGAGCUCUGUCGAGUUUGAGUCCUUUUGAAUAAAGAAAAGGAAAAAUGGCUUCGAUGUUGCUCAGUAGACAGCUGACUUGUUCUCUGCAACAAAACUCCAGGCUGCUUGUAUUUGGACACAGGUCUAUCAGUCAGGCUGCAGCUAAAAUUGAUUUGGAUUUUGAUUACGAUGGACCUUUAAUGAAGACAGAGGUUCCUGGGCCUAGAUCCAGAGAAUUAAUGAAAGAGCUAAAUGGAAUUCAGAAUGCAGAAGCUGUACACUUUUUUUGCAAUUACGAGGAGAGCCGAGGAAACUACCUUGUAGAUGUAGAUGGGAACCGCAUGCUGGACCUCUACUGUCAGAUUUCAUCCAUCCCAAUAGGUUACAGCCAUCCAUCUCUAAUAAAGCUUCUACAGCAGCCACAGAAUUUGAGUACUUUUAUUAACAGACCUGCUCUAGGGAUUUUACCUCCAGAGAACUUCACUGAAAAACUAAAGGAGUCUUUGCUUUCGGUUGCUCCUAAGGGCUUGCAGCAGGUUUUCACCAUGGCCUGUGGCUCUUGCUCUAAUGAAAAUGCCUUUAAAGUAACAUUCAUGUGGUACAGGAACAAGGAGAGGGGUCAUAAUAGCGUCACAAAGGAAGAACUGGAAACUUGCAUGAUUAACCAGGCUCCGGGUUGCCCAGACUACAGUAUUUUGUCCUUUAUGGGUGGAUUUCAUGGAAGAACUAUGGGUUGCUUAGCUGCAACUCACUCUAAAGCAAUUCACAAAUUAGAUAUCCCAUCACUGGACUGGCCUAUUGCUCCAUUUCCAAGACUAAAAUAUCCUCUGGAAGAGUUUGUGAAAGAGAAUCAACAGGAAGAAGCCCGCUGUUUAGAAGAGGUGGAAGAUCUGAUUGUGAAGUACAGGAAAAAGAAGAAGGUUGUUGCUGGAAUAAUUAUUGAACCAAUUCAGUCAGAGGGAGGAGACAAUCAUGCUUCAGAUGACUUCUUCAGGAAGCUGAGGGACAUUGCUAGAAAGCACGGCUGUGCAUUUCUGGUGGACGAGGUGCAGACAGGAUGUGGCUGCACUGGGAAGUUUUGGGCCCAUGAACACUGGGGCUUGGAUGACCCAGCUGAUGUGGUAACAUUUAGUAAGAAGAUGAUGACUGGAGGGUUUUUUCACAAGGUGGAAUUCAGACCCAAUGCUCCAUACCGGAUUUUUAACACUUGGCUUGGAGAUCCUGCCAAAAAUCUCAUGCUUGCUGAAGUCAUUAAUGUAAUUAAAAGAGAGGACCUUCUAAACAAUGCAACCCAUGCAGGGAAAGCACUGCUGACUGGGCUGUUGGACUUGCAGGCUCGUUAUCCCCAUCUAAUCAGCAGAGUGAGAGGACGAGGGACAUUCUGUUCAUUUGAUGCUCCAAAUGAUGCAACUAGGGACAAGUUAAUUACCAUCGCCAGAAACAAAGGUGUCGUGCUGGGAGGCAGUGGUGAUAGAUCGAUUCGUUUUCGUCCGACCCUAAUUUUCAAGGAUCACCACGCACAUCUCUUUCUGAACAUCUUCAGUGACAUCUUAGCAGACUUCAAGUAAAUGAGCAAUUCACUUGCACUGAACAAUCUGAUCCUUUAAGAUUAUAAAAUUAGUUUAAUUAAAUCAUAUAUAUUUUCACAUACAGGAUAAAAGGUGAAUUCAUAAACUAAGGUUUGUUUUUGUCCAUGCUUACCAUCAAGGUGAGCUGCUUUUAGCUAGAAUACUGGACACAUGCGGAGCUUUGCAAUUGGUUGUGAAUUUCAGUUCCCCAACAAGUGCACUCAGAUGACCAUACUCUGAGCAGUGCAUUGGGGCUCUUGCACUUGCCUGGUGCUGGACUGCACUCCACUGUCAGCCAUGCCACCUAGGCCAUUCCAGAAGUAAGAAAAUCCUCCUAACAUGCAUUGCCAUGCAUCUUUGAUUGAAUAAACAUGACAGUAAUAGCUCUCUCUCCAUGGGUAAACACCCUAAUUUUGCUUUCUCCACUUUGUGUCCAAAGGAAGCAGCAGGCCUUGUGGGUGUGAGGUGGAAGCUUAGGAAAUGUCUGCCAAGCAGAAAGUGCCAUUGUCUAAGUUAUUGGGAUAAGAGAACAAGUGUUUCAAGGAAAGUUCUGCUUUCCAGCACUGCCAAGUACAGUAUUGCACAGAAUCACUUCCAGCUCUGUUCCCAUAAAUACAAAGUUUGCCCUACUCUACCUUCAGCAUAUACCUGGUGUUUCAGAAACACUGACGCAUGUGGCCAAACUGCAGUGCUGUACAUGAAAGUGAGGAGCUAUAAUUCCUUUCUGACCCUUGAUUUCAGAACACCUUUGACUUGUUAGUUAUUACAAUCUAAAGAGCCAAAUUUAUGUACGCAAAACCAUACCCAAAGGUUUCUCUUGUAAUGGAGCUUUAAAAAAAACCCCACAAAGCAUAUACUGUACUGCAGUCUCAAAGUAUUGGUCUAAAAUGUCAAGACUUGUAGGAUUAUUAACCUACUUGCCCAUGAUAUACAAAAUAAGUAUAAGCAGACGUGCAAAAAUGCAAAAGCAUUGCUUUGUAUCUGAGCACUUCCUAACAUCAGAUCCAUUUUGAUUCCUAAAUGUACCCCCAUAAUGCAAAGUAUUUCUGUUCUUUUAAGAGAAUCUUCUUUCCUACAGUAGUCGUCCUUCAGGGGUCCUUACGAAACCACAGGAUUUAUGAAUGUCAGUGGUAGUUAAUUUGUUUGCUGUUAGUUCCUUUAUGCAUGUCAUUCAUGUAUCUAUAGAAAGGCUGUUUGCCUGAGGCUGAGUUGUUGAGCUGGCACUGACAUUUAUUUCCUUUUUCCUGACAAAAGAGCACUUGAAUUUUGGGACUCUGAGACUCAUUUUACAUUAUAAAGCUUUAUAAAUAUUUUGAGUCAACUAGGGAGUGUAUCAGGUGAAACAAAACAGCAUAAAUUAAGUGUCCAGCAUGUCUACCAUGAAAAUCAAGAUGAGACCAUCAGAUUAGGGGAUUCUAGUCAGAUAAUUUCAGUGAAAGACAUGCCUACAUCCUUCGGCCUGCUUUUGAAAAUCAUCCUUUUGUGGCAAAAAGAUUUACAGUUAGCUUUAAUAAUUAGUGGCAACAAGCACCCAAGGAAAAUAAUUGCUGCUAGUUUAAAAAUAACCAGGUCUGAGCAUGCCUGCCUCUACUACACAAAUUCCUGGCACCUACUGGUCUGUUUUCUUUGUGUAGACUUACCCUGGUGAAGUUUACAUGCAAGUUCAAAGGUAAGAAAAUAGGUAGCAAAAAGGAUGAAUGAAUGUAGACUGCAGAUGUCUUGACAGAGUUGGCAGGUAACUGUACAGCAAAAUCUCAUUGUCACCACAGUCCUAGUAAACCUAAUACUUCCCAAAAGAAUGUCAGACUAAAGAACUGCAAUUACAGCAUUUGGGGAAUUAGUUUCUUCAACAUAUCACUGCAGUAGAUUUUAAUAAAUGUCUCUAGCAAGUCUUGUACUUUUACAGAAUCAAAGGUCCAGUAAUUUUAAGUCUUACUGCAUCCUCACUUUUAUUAUACUCUAGGUGUUUUUAUAAUUUUUACUGACUGUGCACAACAUAUACUGAUUAAAUCAUGUUAGAAAAUAUAGAACGCACCACAGCCUACAUAUAAUGAAGUAAUAUUGUUUACAGCGUACUGUGGACAGUGCCAAAUAAAUGUUUAAACAAGAAUACCUAACUGCACUUCAUGAUGUAACUGAUACCCAUUCAAAUACAUCCAUAAAAUAAAGUCCAUUUCCUGUGUAAUCAGUAUUCUUAAAUAAAAUAUUUAUAAUUGAA